UUUUUUUUUUUUUGACAUUGCUAAAAAAAAAAAAUGAUGGCCAACAUUCGAUCAACAUCCAAAAGAGGAACGAAUGUUAUAGAACCAAAUACACAAAUUAGUUCUAGAAGAGAGAUCUUUGAAGAAAGUAGUAUUGAUGAAGAAGCCAUCAAGGAAGAUGCACAAAAAAUGGAUAUGCUUAUGCGCAGCUUAAUGGGAUUUGCUGAAAAUCAAGAUGAAACUCAAGAUCAAGGAAGGAAUCAAGAUGUUGAAGAUCAAGAUGAUAAAAAGAAAGACGAUGAUGAAGAAGAAGAAUUUGAAUUCCGUCUUUUUGCUAGUCAACCAGUAGCUACUGUAACUAUUGCAGAUAUAAAAGAUAAUACAGAUAGCUUGUCAAAAGCAAUCGCUGAACAACAAGUCUACGAGUUUGAUGAAACAGAUCCAGAAUUUCUAUCUCGUGUAGAACAAGUAGCUGUUGAUUAUGAGACUAUUUUAAAGCAGUCUAAAGUGCCAUAUCCAACAGCGAUUAUGCCUCAUCGUAUUAUCCAUCUUCCCUCAUAUGACGAGCAAGCUAAAAAAGAUUUAAAAGAAAAGAAAAAGAAAAGAAAAAGCAAAAAAUGUCGUGAUUUUGAAAAGGCUGUUAAAGAAGGAAGAAUUAAAUUAGAACCUAAUAUGAGAAAUCCAGAAACACCUGGAGGCUGGCCGGGCUGGCCAGGUAAUUUGACGAGAGUUGCCAUUAUUAACUAUCAAUCACCCAAGAAACAAGGAGGACGUGGUAGUGGAUUUAAAGGGAAAGUAUUUAAUAAAGGUGGUUAUAAUAGUAAUAAUCGAGGAGGUCGUGGUGCCCAUAGGAUGUCUAGAGGAAGAGGACGAGGAAGAGGAAGACCAUAUUAACUACACACAAUGUGUUUGUUUGUAAUAAUAAAAAUUCAAAGUUAAUCUUUGUAGUCUAUGCCCUUUUUUUUUUUUGCUUAAAAAUAGUCACGAAUUUAUAACUUUGUUAAAUGUGAUUGGUGUAAAAUUAACUUCACUCUCAGAUAAACUUACAAUGGGUAAAGAGAAGACUCACGUUAACGUUGUCGUCAUUGGUCACGUCGAUUCU